AUGAAAUGGUUGGUGUUUGUCCUUCUCGCGGCUAGUAUAGAGUCAGCCAGAUUAGAUGGAAAAUGGGAUCAGUUUCUGACGGAUCUCCACAAAAGUGAUCAGAAUGCAGCGAGAACUUUGGUUGUUGGAACGAAUAAAAAUUUUAUUGUAAAGGAAUUGCCUCCGGAGUCAACUUCCAGCAGCUAUGUGGCACUGGAAAACUUGCUGGUGAGAAUUUGAAAAAGAUUAAAAAAUAUUUUUUUCUAAAAAUUCAAUUUGACUUUUUCAGGAGUCCCGAAACUUCAAUGGCUACUUUGAGUUCCUGAAAAACACUGAUCUCUACGAAAAGAUGGUAUCGGAAUUGAUGAAAACGAUGAAUUUGACCCCAGGGAAAAUUCAAAAAAUGAUCAAGGAGAUGUGGGAUGACUAUUUCAGAAAUGGUAAGUUUGACUUGUUGCGACUCUUUGAGAUAGGAUAUUUUUUCUACAGUAAGCCUAUCUAUGAAAAUCACACUUUCAGAGUCCAACUCGUUCAAGAAUUGGUAUGGUGUAUAUUUGGAGCAAAAGAAUGGAAAAUUGAGGAAAAUGAGCAGCAAUGUCAUUGAUCAGGUGAGGUGGGGGCAAAAUUUAGGCUAUGUGAAUAGCAGUGGCUUUUUGGAAACUUAAAAAAAUCUUUUGAAAUUACUAAAAGAUCAAAAAUUGACAUUUUGGCCUUCAAGCGUUUAGAGUAGAGAUCUUAUUUCCCUCGUAAAAUUGGUCUGGCAAGCAAAUUCUCGCUAACCAUUUUUCCUCAUUUACAUACCACUGUCUCUGAUUUACAAACAUUGUUCAAAAUUUCGACUAAACUUAGAAAGUGUAUGCUGAAACUUUCAGAAAUUGAUGUGUGGUUUAGAUAGAAAUCGUAUGCUAAAUUUUCUUAAUAAUUACCUCUUCAGAACGGAGUCUACGCCGCUUGGUUCAGCACUGCCGAUGGGGCCAAUGUGAAGCGGACUUUCUUCCACGGAACCAGCCCCGAAUUCGACCUCAUCGCUUUCACCCUUUGCGCUUUGGAAACCCAACGCGGACAGGAAAGCAAACGCUGUGGAUUCGAACUGGACGGACAGCCCGUGGCUGUCUGGGUCUCUACCAAACAUGUCCGCGACUUGGUCACAAUUACCAUGGCAGAGCCCAGAAGGGUUCCACAGCUUCAAAUCAGGCCUAAAGACGGAGAUCGGGAUGAAAGAGAGAUGAUUAUUCGAAAAACCACAACCAGAAAACCAAAGCCAGGGAAUGAGGAGUUCCAGAAGUUCGUGGACAAAAUGUGGGAAGCUGAUGUGGACAGAGCUCCGGAGGAUGCUGUGAAAUUGAACUGGCAACAGAAGGUCGGAAAGCAUGGAAAUUUGAAUCCGUAAGUGGCUUACAAAAGACUAUUUUUGAAAUCACAAGAAGUUUUUUUCUUCAACUAGCGGUUUUGGAGAAAAAAUGCAAAAAAGAAUAUUUUCUAAGACAUUUUAUAUUUGAAACCCAGUUCUUGUACUAUAUUUCAUACAUUGGAAUUAAGAUUGGGCGUUUUAAAAUUUUCGUGCAUUGAUCUGUUGCCUAGAUAGAUUGUUCACGCAAAAUUUGACAAAAACCUAUACGUCGUAUUGCAUGAAAUUCAACUUUUCUGAACAACGUCUAUUAAAACAAAAGAAACUUUAAUGACAUUUGAAUGUUGUCAUGUAACGGCUUUCUCUGCCAAAAUAUUACCUUCUUUGUCCUUCUAGACUCUUCACCUUUGUCAACGAAUCCAUUUUCGAGCGCCCCGUUUACCAGGCUCUUCUCAACGUCUGGAAUCACAAGAUCUUUGAGCCGGCUGUCUGCAAAGAAGAGGUCCCAGUCGAAGGCCAAAAGAAGGCUGUUCUCCAACGUUUCUUCCAGACCAUGACAAACCACACCAUCUUCAAGGUGGCCCUCGAGUAUCUCCAACAAAAGGGAGUCUACAGUCCGGCCAAGCACGAGAAGUUCAUGGACAAUCUCUUCACUUUGUGGUUCGGCGUCUACAGCCGAUGCCAUGCGCCUUUGGGAAGCUCGGGAUUCGAACAUGUGUUCGUGGGAGAGAAGAAGGGAAAUACGGUUGAUGGACAUCACAAUUGGGUACGGUAUUAUUUGCAAGAGAAGGCUGGACAAAUCCAAUACAAAGGAUAUUAUGGCUAUGAUGAGGGAGUGAUCGGAACCAUCCAGUACGAUUGGGACAAUGCGCACAAGCAGAAGGGAGGGUUCUUCUUCUACACAUCUCCAGGUAAGGAAUUUAUACUUUUUUUGGGAUUUUUGGUAAUAAAAAAAAUCACUCUGCAGUAAAGGGUGCCUCAAGUGUAAUAUAUGGAUUUGGCCGAAAUUUGGUGAAAAUUAAAUUUGGGUUACUCUAAUGAACUUUGGAAUUUUUUAGGUCGCGUUAUGCAGAAACAUCCGAGAUACAGGACUUUAAAAAUUAUAAUAAAUUGGAACUUUCUCUUGUUUUGAUGUAAAAACUGUAAAUUAGAGUUGAAAAAUAAGAAAAUAAGAUGAUAAUUUUUUGAUGGACUAUAUUUUUCAAUUUUCAGCAUUUGACUUUGCCAUCUACUCGACCUGUGUCCUCACCCAAUCUGGAAACCAACACUGUCGAUUCAAGGUCAAGAACAACGAUCUUUUCGUGACGUCAUUCCAACAACGUUGCAAUGAGGGUGUUUGUAUUUCCACAUCUUAUGCUGGCAUUGAUGAGUGACAUUUUAUACGAUGAAACAUGUUUUUGAUGUUUGAUCAAAAAAUGAGUUUUCUUACCGCAAAAAUAAUUAAAAAUGUAAAUUAUAUUACUUACAACCAUUACAGUUUUUGGAUUUGUGCCAUAUUUGAAUAAAUUGUAAUUUAAUUUGAUGAUUUCUUCAAUUUCCUAACUCUUGGCUGUUUGAAUUGAGAGAAUCGAGAAUUUCUGACCAAAGGAAAUUCAAAAGUACGAGACGAUUGAUAAGCCUGGGGCGAUAACCCUCUGAUAAUACAGGCAGACCAAUUUUCGAGACCCUCCACUCUCAAAACGGAAUUCUUCUAGAGGUUUAUUUUUUUGUUUUUCCAGGUAAAUAGAGGUAAUUUCGGUGUGAAAAAAUAAGUUCUGACUUCGAAAUGGCAAUAAAAUCUUAAUUUACGAACCCAUACGUUACGAGGAAUUGUCGGGAGUUCCUAAUACGAGGUGUAUUUCAGGCCGCGGCCCCGAGGGAAAAUGAUUAUCGAACCGGCGGAAAAGUUCGAGAAGGACUUGGAACCCUUGGUUUUGGAUCGGGAAAUCAGGUAAGGAGGUGGUAAAAACAAGGAUGAUAAUUAAAUCUCAGAAUUUUUGCGACAUCUAGUUAACAGAUUUCCUAAUUUUAGAGCCUAGAAUUUUUAAUUAAAUCGUUUCCAAAAUUGAUUUUAAUUUCUAAAAGUUCAAAAAAUUUCACUUUUAAUUUUCAAAAAAAAAUCAUUCUAACAUUUAACCAACCGUAUUUUACAAAUGCGAUUCCAUUUUUCAACACUGUCGACCACUGAAACAUAAGGCCAAAAGAUUUUAAAGACGGCGGGAAAUUCGGCUUUUGAAUUAUGGAAAACUCAUAGAUUGGCACAAAAUUGCAAAAAUUAAAACUUUUUUUUUAUUCCUCAAACUAAAUUUUCAAAUUGCAACAAACACAGCCGUAUUUUAUAACUUUUUUUGCAGCUUUGAAUAAUUUACAAAGCGUAAAAAAGGUAGGCAAACGACUUGAAAAAAUGGCGGGAAAUUUGAUUUUUGAGAAUUGAAAGUGAAUUUUUACGAAUAAUUUUAAAAUCCAAAAUUGAUAACGUAUCACGUAUUUUACCUUAUUUCUCUUCAGGAAAGUCAUUACAGUCACAGACCUUCUCUACCGAGUUGCCGUCUUUGCUUUGAUCAUCACUCUGCUAACGCUCGGCCCAUUCAUGUAAGUUGUCCUAAAAAUUACUUAAAAGUGUUAUUAAGAAUAUUAUAAUAUUAUAUUAUAAUUGCAUCCGCCGUAUUUUACAAUCCAUAGUUUUCAGUUUUGCAUCCAUUUUCUACGAUGAGGAUCUUCGCGAAGUCUUUGAUCGUCAGCCCAAUGACCUGACCUUUGACCAACAUUUUGAUGAGUUUGUCAAGUUCAAAAGCGAGUGAGUGUCUAUUGUAUCGUUGGGUACAUUGAGGGAGGGCUUUUAAAUUUAUACUUUGACGAAAUUUAGAGAAAGCCUCUAGGCAAAAAUGAUGAUUUUUUCCUGACCGCCUCUCGUUAUUUUCCAUAGUCUUUUGUCUGAAAAAAUCGUUUGAUAUCUCGGCUGUCUUUGAAAGACAAGAGGUAAAAUUUUAAGCGAUUAAUAGGUAUCCUUGGCAGUCCACAGCAGUAAAAUUUUUAGUCAAUCUGAGCGUUGCAUCAUGAAAUUUUUUCCUUUAAGAUACAACAACCUUAUGCUUACAAAGAUCCUAUGUUCUAAGCCAUUAAAAUCAAUUUUUUGUUAACCCAAACCUUACACUACUUUUCCAGGUUCAACAAAAUUUACGACAAUGUUGAUGAAGAGUUGAAACGCUUCCAAAUCUUCCGUAAAUCCCUCAAAACCAUCGAAGAAUACGAAAAGUUGGAGGACAACACUGAAUUCGGAAUCAACGAAUUCGCUGAUUUGUCCGAUGAUGAAUUCCAACAAAUGUUGAUGCCCAAGGAUUUCUACCACAAACUCCGACGUCGCAGUAGCUUCAUCAAACCUUACAGUCACUUUAUUCAACAUGAAAAACCGAAGAGAAAACAUCAAAUCAAGUUUGACUCGGCCUCUCCUUAUCCUCCUCAUUUUGAUUGGAGAGAAAAGGGCGUUGUAACGCCCGUUAAGUCUCAAUUUAAUUGCGGGUCUUGCUGGGCAUUCGCUGCAAUAGGAACCGUUGAAACGUCGUACGCAAUCGCUCAUGGAGAGUUGAGAAAUUUGAGUGAACAGGAGCUUUUGGAUUGUGAUUUGGCCAAUAAUGCCUGCAAUGGUGGAGACGAUGACAAGGCGUUUAGGUAGGGGAGAGUUAAAUUUCAAGAAGAUUCAAGCUAUCAAUCGUUAGCUCUUGACUCCUAAACAAGGCCAACAUUUUUUCAGAUUCAUCCACGAACACGGCCUGAUGCGCGAAGAGGACUAUCCUUAUGUUGCGCAGCGUCAAAACAGCUGUCUUCUCAACGAAUACAGCGGUCCCACCACGAAGCUAGACCUUGCCUAUUUCAUCGCCAGCGAUGAGAAUGCAAUGUUGGAGUGGCUGGUGAACUUCGGCCCCAUCAAUGUGGGGAUCAACGUCCCCCCAGACAUGAAACUUUACAAGGGCGGAGUCUACACCCCAUCUUCGUGGGAUUGCAAAAACAAUGUGAGUAAAAUACGUUAAAUUUAUUUGAGUUUUUUUUGAUUUUAGAUCCUUGGCACACACGCCUUGAAUAUCAUGGGUUACGGUACUUGGGAGGACGGACAGAAAUAUUGGAUUGUAAAAAAUUCGUGGGGUCCGAAAUACGGCAUCGAAGAUGGCUACGUUUACAUGGCUCGAGGCGAAAAUUCUUGCGGAAUUGAAGACGAACCAAUCGGAAUUUUAUGUUAA